CUCGGCCUAAGCCUAAGGCCUAUCACUAUUAAUAACAUACUACAUGCACGGACACAGAAGUCAGAACGGUUGGCCAAUUGGUGGGUUUCACGCUGAGCGAUCAUCGAUGAUCAGGCAAGCAACUAUUUUCAAGUGCUGGGGGCAUAACCGUUACAUCCCUGAUACAUUCUUGAUACAUCACUGUAUGGUGAGAAUCUUAACCCGCACUCUGCCGUUCCUUCAUCUUUCCGCUGUUUCUCCUCGCGGGGCACGAUUCUUGUCGAGGAGAUACACGUACAUGUACAUGUAUAUGGGUAACCGAGAGUUGAGAGCUAGCACCAGUUGUUACAUCUGUGUGCUGCUGCUGCUGCGUGGAUUGGGCUUCUUGUCUUCAGCUCCUUCUUCUCUGCACACUAUGGUUGGGUGAGAACCAUACCUAGACGAUCCUACCAUUGUAUGUUCUAGACAACGUACGCCUUUCCGGACCUUCACUCUGGUUUCAGGCAAUUCUAAAGUUUACUUGCACGAAUCCUUCCUCACCACGUCUGUUGUUCUCUUCUUCUGAUAAGUGAUAACACUGCUCUUGCCGGGUAGUGCUAGUCUCGGGUUUGGUACUAAUAAGACGUGAAAGUUACUGAUUGCCACCACGCCAGGAUGACAUCGGAAAAAUACAGAGACUGCAAGGCAUUCCAAAGCCACGAGCUGUUUCCGCUAUUGAAACUGUUAGCCGACAGUCACGAUCGCAUUCCCGGACAGGAUCACCCUGAAGUCAUGCACAAUGAAAUGGAAAGCCUCCUUCGUCUCGAGCUGGGCAAGUACGAUGAUAGGACUCGCAUUCAUAAUCCGAAGGUCAAGGAAAAAAGAGAUGACGUAACCCAAGCUAUAUUGGAUGAGAUGUCAAAUUUACUGGACAACUGCAGAACAUUGCUCGAUCUUCACAAGCAAUGUCACAGACGCAUGCAACAGCAGAUCUGUCACAUCCAGAAAGACUUCCUGGAGCAGUCCAGUGCUAUCAUCAAUAGUGUGAAGCCGUUGCAGCAGGCACCGGUGUACCAGCCCUGGGGAGACGGUGCUACGCCAGGAACAGUGGAGCCUCGGGGAGACGGUGCUACGCCAGGAACAGUGGAGACUGGAGGAUCAGUACUGGUCGGGAAGAGAUCAGCUGAUUCAUUGGAGAACCGGCCCAGUCAAUUACAGCUCCAUCCUAGAGCUGCUAACGCGAGCAGUUCCAAUUUUCCGCCCGCUAAGAGAAGGAUCUGUGCAAGCCAUAUUCUGGAUGGCAGGCAACGGGCUGAAGUUACCAAUGAUGAAAGUGCUGAUGACACCAGUGUAUCCAGAUACGAAGAGAGAAGUCCCCCAGAUGGAGAGCAGGAACUUAUCUCCCCCGGUCUCGACAAUGAGCAGGAUCGCAUGAAAUCGACGUUUCGACAUCCACCAACAGUCACCGGGUACUUGAAGGAGUGGUAUAGCAAACACGAAAAGGUUUGCCGAGUCGAAGGUUCGAUGGACUCCUCGUGUGCUCUGAAUGGCAGUCGUGAGUCAGUCAAGUGUCAAGCUCGGCAGGAAGCGUGUCGUCCUCGUUGGAACAACCAACUUCGUAACUUCUCACUAUUUCAUACUAAUCCAAUUCUAUCACUUAUGUAUUGGUACUUCUGGUUGCCAUUCCCUACUGUUCACUUGCCUGUAAUUCCUCCAAUGAGAACACUUCUAACUUUAACUGGUAAGCAGUGUUGCCGGAAGAACGCCGUUCUGUCUGGAACUCUGAAUUACAACCCAACCUCAUUCUGCUUUCAGUAUCAAUCAGACUGGCGUACACUAUCACAUUUUACUUCGAUUCUCCUUUGAUGAAGUUCAUGGCUUGUUGAGUGAUAACAAUUUUGAUCCCAACCCGACUGU